UUACUUAGGAAUAAUCACACAUAAGCACAAGAAAAGAACAUAGAGCUGUAUGUGUUUGAGGGCAAGAAAGAAUAUGGAUAUUUUCCUUUCCUACCUUGAACACAAAGCAUCUUCUUUAUAACCUCACCCUCACAGGGACACCUUUUAGGAUACAGAUUUACAAGAAAAGAACCUAAAACUCUCAUCAGCCAGCCUUAUAAGUUCCAUUUUUAUCUGCAGAAAAAAGUACGAUAGGAGAUCUUGAGAAACUUAAUUGAUAGCAGAGGUCUGUGUAAUUUUGUGUGAAACUUAAUUGAUAGCAGAGGUCUGUAAUUUUGUGUGAUCAAAGAUGGCUGCUCAGCUUAAACCUUUGGCUGGCUUGCUUUUGUUCCUCAACUUUUGCAUGCUCGCCAUAAUUCUUGGUAUCGGUAGCUGGUCGAUCAACAAGGCCAUUGUAGAGGGUUUCACAAUUGGUCCGGGGUUUGAUCUUCCUCCGCAUUUCUCACCAAUAUACUUCCCAAUGGGGAAUGCUGCCACGGGUUUCUUUGUGGUCUUUGCAUUGAUAGCUGGCGUCGUUGGAAUUGCAUCCAUCAUUGCUGGAAUAAACCAUUUUCGUUAUUGGGACUUGGACAGUUUGCCUGCAGCUGCCUCAUCCGCAACCAUCGCCUGGUCCCUGACACUUCUUGCCAUGGGCUUCGCAUGUAAGGAGAUCGAACUACUUCACAGAAACUCCAGCCUGCGAACAAUGGAAGCGUUCACCAUAAUUCUAUCAGCUACUCAACUGAUAUACAUAGCUGCCAUUCAUGAAAGUCCAAGGUCCACUUACAUAUGAAGCAGAAUUCCUGCCAUGCCUAGUAUGUGAUUUGUGAUUUGAUUAUUUCAAUGUUAAUUCACUGUGUGCGCUUUUUGCUCAUCAUGCUUCAAAUACAUUCAUUCGUGUGUGCAAAUAAAGGAGUGCAUAGUCUUAUUAUUCA